UUUAAAUACACGUAGUGUAUUCGCAACACCCGGAAGUCAUGUGGCGAUCACAAUACCCGUCCGUCAUUCAGAUCACGCGGCGUGAACGAUUACACCACCACGAGCAACCGCGAAUGUUCCCGAAUGUCGACGAUGGCAGUUUGCACGAGACACGCUCGACCGAGCAGCACGAAUCACGUCGCCUACCCACUUGCGUCACGGGCUACAGUAAAAGAUUCGUAAUUACUCUCGCAACAUUUAUCGAUUUCACUGUAACGUGCAUUCCUGAGGAGUAUUCCAUAACGCGGAGAUCGAUUUCUCAUUAUUGAUCCCGCGUCAGUGAUAGACCAUAAAAGGCUAUCUCUCCGUGAAACUGAUUGCAUCAGACCCGCCAAAUAGACGGGGGCUGCCUUAAUUGCGUUGUAGGGAUUCCAAAGUCGUAAUUCAGUUUGGUAUUAACUAUACCAGUCUAUAUGGCGUCUCCGGUGGUACACGACGUUGUGUUUUAACUGAAUAUUUGGAUUAAUACAACUGAUAAUAUAGGAUGAAGCAUCAUGUCGCGAGAGGGCAAAUCAGACAGCGUGAUGAGAAAACCCGACCUGGGCCCUUGUCACUCAAGUUUGCGGUCUACCCAUUCAACCCCAUCCCCCGUGAGCAACAUGGGCGGGCCGAGCCCGGAGGCGUUGUCGCCUUAUUCAGCCCCACCUCCCCUCAGCAAUAUGGACGGGCCCAGCUUCGAGGCGGGGUCACCUCUGAUGGAGAACCAACAGCGUGUGCCCCGGUCCUCUCACGUGAUCAGUGCGGUCCGGCGCAAGGUCAUCAACGACAGGAUUGCCCGCGGGGCGGAGGAGAUCAAAGUAGAAUUCAACACGCCCGUGAAACAUGAGCUGACGGAGGAAGAGAAGGAGAAGAAGGCCCGGAGGAGGAAACAGAACAGGGAGGCUGCACACAGAUGUCGCCUUAAAAAGAAACGAAGUCAAUGUGGGACGAAUGAGGAACUAGGUGAUUUGAGGAAAACCAACUCCGAUCUUCAGGCAGAGGUAGAGCUACUCAGGCAGGAGGUCGAGAAUCUCAAGAGAAUUGAGCGAGAACACAGGAUGUCUGGUCAGUGCCUCCGGUAUCCUCAAGGCCAGCCGUGUGCCCCUCGGCCAGGCAUCCACCCUCACACUGACCAUCACACUGACCACUGUCCACCUGGUAAUGUCUCUGACCACCAUGACGACACCUGGUGUCCAGGACUCCCUCGCCAGUACCCCACGGUCCAGGUUCCUGGUGACGCCUACAGCCCAGUAAGUGACGUCAGCGGUGGUAGUCCCUGCCCUGACCACCAGGUGCCCCACAUGAUGGACAACCAGUGGAUGACCACGUCCAGGAACCUGGAAUCCUUCUUUCAAGGAACCCAAGCAAACAUGGACGUGCCUCCAUUCCCGGGAGUGAAGACUGAAGGAUGUGACACUCGUCCCAGCUGCCAAACAGACCACGGUGUCCAGAUCUCAAACAGACACCACGCAGACAGAGCCAUGAAUGGAAGGAUCUUGCGGAAUGAUGCUUGGCUUAAUGUCGGUGAUGAUGUUAACAGAAUCACUCCAGAUAUUCCCCACGACAAUAACACCUUUUACGCAACAUCCCAUACUAAUGACGUCAUGAAACCAGAAGCGGAAGAUAGGCCUUUAGGGGAAAUUGGUAUUCCCUCCCUGGACAAUAUUUCAGUGGACCAGUUGAUUCCUGCAAAUAUUGACCUCUCAAGGUACUUACCGACACAGCGCAAUUGACCACUUGUCGUAUACAUUGCAGGAAAGUGAUUUCUGAAGUCCAGGCCCUGUGCCAGAACUGAUAGCACAAUCAGUAACAGAAGAUUGCUCAGUUUGGAAACAAGGAUGACGAACAUGCCGGUCGUGUAAAUAGCUUCACGGUGUACCAUAAGAAUAUAUGCAUUUUGUAGAAUUAAGGCGUACUGCGGUCCACACACAGCUUAUUCCCCCGAGAAAAAUAACCUUUGCAUACGUCCAAUUACUGAAGAUACCCCACUGUGUUCAAGCAUAUAAACUGCCGGGCAAAAUUAAGUAACACCCAUGUUUGACGGUGUCUGAAAGUGAAACAAACAAAAGAUGGCUGUUCGAUGGCGAUGCAGAGUAUUUAUUCCAGGUAUCUUUGUUGUGUUUCGGGCCUUAAGUUUGCAGUGUUUCGGCGACUGUUUUCAAUUUGGUAAAGAUUUAAUAAUGUUUGUAGUUUUAGGUCAAUUCCAAUUUUCAGGUGUAUACUUUCUUCUGCCCGGUAGUGUAUAUGAUAUGUGUGUCAGGUUGGAGUGAUAACAUGAGUUAUCAGAUUCUCGAGUGCCACUAGCUCCGGUUGCUGAUAACAUACUUUUUUACGUGGAAUGCUGUUCAAAGCGGCGUUAAACACAACUCACUCACUCAGUUCUGACGUUGCGAUUAUUCUACAUAUGAUGUGUAAUAUCUCACCGGGACAUAACUCCGGUUACUGUCUGUGCAUCAGUUAAAUCAUAUACGGUAUUUUGUUUCCAUCGAUGUUUAAUAGUGCCCCUUGUUCCACUUGCUGACGUCAUUCAGUAGUUAUAUACAACGAGCUCCCUAGUUUGUUUAAUUCAUUGCGUUGAUGUUGUCGCUUAUGAGGACACUAUUGGUGGAACAUUUACACAAUAAUUGUUGAAAUAGAGAUUAUGUUUGUUGAUGUAUUUAUUCAUUAUGUGACCUCCCCUUGGCGGGAGUCAUGCUAAGAGCGUUGGCUGUUGGCGAAAGUGAUCUCCGUUUGUGGUAUAUUUAUGAACAUUUAUUGGGCGGAUGCAGCUACGCACGAUGUCAAAUAUCAACUUACCUUUUAUCAUUGAAAUAGACGACAUGAUAAAAAAAACCAUAUGCAUAGAGUGAGAUAUGUUGUUGACACAGUGCACCACUGUGGGGCGG